AUGGUCGCAUCACGAGCCGACGCUCUCGAGAAGGAGCUCUGCGAAGAGAGAAUCGCACACACUGCGACCAAACAAGAGGUGAUCAAUCUCAGGAAGCAUCUGACGGAAUCGGAGCAGAAGCGGAGGGUUCUUGAAGGCGACAUGCAGCUCGUGGUCCUCAAGUGCAAGUUCCUGGAAGGAGAUGGUGGAGACAAGGAUGGUGGAAGCUGCGAUGGCGACAUGGGAGCAGUCGUUACCGAAGACGAAGCGCUCAGAGCUGCCCUACCCGACGCGCCAAUCCAUCAUCCAGAGAUCUACAAAUCACGUUCGAGUUCGCAUUCGGAAGAGGACGACGUCGCCGCCUCGACUCAUGGUACCAAGCGGACUUUUGAUGAAACGAACUCGGAAGAGCAGCGCGUGAUAGUAUGCAUCGACUGCUAUCAACACAAGCUCCGAUGUGACCCGGGAGAGCCUUGCAACAACUGCGCCAACUCCAACCGCGUCUGCAAAAGGGCCAAAUGCAGGGACUACGAGACUGGACAAUGCAAGCGAGUCAGUUGUCUGAGAGCACAUCGCCAGGAUGAGGAGUGGUACGAGAACAUCGUUCGCGCAGGACAUGUCCCCAGGACCGACCCAUCCAAGCCGAUCAUGCCUAGGAAGAGGCCGCGGAGCUUCCGGUACCGAAAGGACGACGAUGACAAGAUGGGGGGUGAUGGUGGUGGUGGUGGGGGUACUGGCUUAGCUCUGCGUUACUAG